AUGGCUGCGACAAGGAAACUGCAAGGUGAAAUAGACAGGUGUUUAAAAAAGGUAACAGAAGGGGUCGAAACAUUUGAAGAUAUUUGGAAAAAAAUUAAAUCAUGGAUUGCAUCAGGAGAAAUUAAGGAUAAGAGUACUCUUUUAGAAAAUAGGAAACUUAUAGAAACACAAAUGGAAAGGUUUAAAGUGGUCGAAAGAGAAACAAAGACAAAGGCGUAUUCAAAAGAAGGUCUUGGUGCAGCUCAGAAACUCGACCCAGCUCAGAAGGAACGAGAGGAAAUGUCGACGUGGCUUGUGUCAUCUAUUGAUGCGCUUAAUUUACAAAUUGAUCUCUUUGAAUCUGAAGUGGAGUCGCUCGUAGUGGGAAAGAAGAAACGACUGGACAAGGAGAAACAGGAUCGAAUGGAUGACCUCAAAUCGAAACUGGAACGGCACAGGUAUCACAUUAAGAAGCUGGAGAUGCUGCUGCGGAUGCUGGAUAACAUGUCUGUGGAAGUUGAUCAAAUAAAGGGUAUUAAGGAAGACGUGGAAUAUUAUAUAUCGUCAUCUCAGGACCCAGGUUAUGAGGAGAACGAGUACAUCUACGAAGAUAUCCGCGGCUUAGACGAAAUUGAGCUAAGCGGGGUCGGAGUGCCGUCCAGCGCGACCACGGAUAGCAACAAUAGCAAUGACUCACCUAGAUCUCCUACCAGCAUGCUUUCAGGAACGAGCCCGUUGACGUCCCCUGCAGAGCUACACAACCACACGUCGGAAUCUGUCGAUAUCGAUAAAAAGAAGAAGGAGGAGUCAAUUAAACCGGUAAAGCCGCUGCCGCUCCGCGCCUUAUCGUGUGGUGCGGCCGCUAGCCCCAACCUGAGCGCGCUGAAUCACUCCGCUACCAACAAUAGUGUAAACAGUACGGGCGUGUCUGGGACGUCGACGCCCAUCAAGCAGCCUCCGCCCAGUUCGCCUCAUCAGCGGCCUAAUAAUACUGUGUUGUUUGAAGAGGAAGAGACAGUUGUGUGGUCUGUUGCAGAGGUGUGCGAGAACGGCCCCGUGUCAGCCACGCCCCACCAGCACGUCACUGCGCCCGCGAAAAGUUCAUCAGCGACCACGCUCGCGAGCGCGAUCGCGAAUCCAAACCCGAACGUGAGCGUGAAUACGAGUACGGUCAGCAACGUCAGUACGCAUAGUGCCACGCCCAGUCCGCCUUCGCCGGUCAUGCUCAAUGGACCGAUCAACGCCCAUCAUACGCCUCAACAUAUGCUCAAUAACGGUCGGGCGAGCGAAACCCCAAGCACCCCAGCGCUGAGUACGCUGAGUGCGGCGAGUGUAAGUAGCGGCGCUAGUGCACAGCCGCCUGACCCACUUGCCACUACCACGCUCAAGAGUAUGGCGCAGGAAGCCGUGCAUCGGGCGGGUUUACAGCAAAAUACAAGACGAGGUGUACCAUUAUCUCAGGCACAUAUUCCACCUUUAUUAGGAGUCGCGCCCUUAGGGCCUGUACCACUUAAUUCGGAGCAGCAAGUACAGUACCAGAUGUUAGAAACAGCUUUCUACCAUAUGCCACACCCCUCAGAUUCAGAGAGAACGAGGGUAUAUCUCCCUCGAAAUAUCUGUCAGACGCCCGCCUAUUAUAAUCAGGUGCUGUUACCCCAUUCAGACACAGUAGAAUUCUUCCAGCGACUCUCAACAGAGACAUUAUUCUUCGUGUUCUACUACAUGGAGGGCACGAAAGCCCAAUACCUUGCCGCGAAAGCUCUGAAAAAGCAGAGUUGGCGGUUCCACACGAAAUACAUGAUGUGGUUCCAAAGGCAUGAAGAGCCUAAGGUCAUCAAUGAGGAAUAUGAACAGGGCACGUACAUAUACUUUGACUACGAGAAGUGGGGCCAGCGGAAAAAAGAAGGCUUCACGUUUGAGUACAAGUACUUAGAAGAUCGUGACUUGAACUGA